CGCAGAGGCAGAAGAGCUCGCCGCCGGUGAUCGACGGAGAGAAGAGCAGCACAAGGCAGGAUGUACAGCGCCGCCGUUCAGAGGUUGGCUGGAAAGGUGGCCGUCAUCACCGGAGGCGCCAGCGGCAUCGGCGAGGCGACGGCCAAGGAGUUCAUCAAGAAUGGCGCCAAGGUCAUCAUCGCCGACGUCCAGGACGAUCUCGGCCACACCGUCGCUGCGGAGCUUGGCCCAAACGCGGCGUACACUCGCUGCGACGUCGCCGACGAGGCCCAGAUAGCGGCGGCCGUCGACCUCGCCGUGACGCGCCACGGCCGGCUCGACGUCCUGUACAACAACGCCGGGAUCACGAGCACCUCCCUGGGGCACCUCGGCACGCUCGACCUCGCCGACUUCGACCGCGUCAUGGCGGUGAACGCCCGCGCGGUGAUCGCCGGCGUCAAGCACGCCGCGCGCGUGAUGGUGCCACGGCGCAGCGGAUCCAUCCUCUGCACGGCCAGCGUGGCCGGCGUGAUCGGCAGCGAGGUGCCCCACGCGUACAGCAUCUCCAAGGCGGCGGCCAUCGGCGUGGUCCGGUCCGCCGCCGGCGAGCUGGCGCGCCACGGCGUGCGGGUGAACGCCAUCUCGCCGCACGGCAUCCCGACGCCGCUGGCGAUGCGCGGGUUCGGCGACGUGCUGCCAUGGGCGACGGCGGAGAAGGUGAAGCGGGUCAUCCAGAAGGACAUGAACGAGCUGGAAGGCACGACGCUGGAGGCCGACGACAUCGCCAUGGCCGCCGUCUACCUGGCCUCCGACGAGGCCAAGUACGUCACCGGCCACAACCUCGUCGUCGACGGCGGCUUCACCGUCGGGAAGCGCCUCAACUUCCCGGCGCCUUGACUUCAAGAAGUCAUCUGCAUUGCUACAGAAAAAAAAUCGAGGAUUUGGAGUUUAAUUUGUCUCAAUUACCAUUUUGUGAAAUGUAGAAUUCUGCUACUAUCAUCUAUCGAACGAAUAAAUGUAUGGAUUUGGACGCAGAUGACCUGAGUCUGAUUAAACGCAGAUAUCCAAAUUAAGCAAGCUUGGUUCACACUAGUGAUUGUUGGAUUUU